AUGAACUCACAAACGCAGAGUGUUCAGUCAUUGCUCAAAUCUUUCCCCCAACGUCCAUUUGAUCAGAAAUCAUUGCAUGAACUAGUAGGAAAAGAGGUCGAGAAGUUUCAAGGCAAGUCUUCUGCAGACAACGUCAAAAGUCAAUGGGAGUUCCUCCUUAAGAAUGAGGUGUUCACCUUAGCAGCAACUGAGGGUAGUGCAUUGAAGUGCGACAGCACCUCGUACUAUAACGGUCUCCGCGACAGACUCGACUUGGUGUUGACAUUCACUGAACACGAUGUUUGCGAGGCAACCUUCCCUUUUACUGUCCUUCAGGAUCUUCUCGAAACACAGACUAUCACGUCUUGCUCACAAAUAUUCUCUUGGAUCGAGUCAAGUGCUUCUCGACUCACCAAGGACAUGGUCCCGCAGAAGGGCAAGGCGCUCAUACUACUGCGCACCCUCAAUGAUCUUCUGCGUCGCCUUUCAAAGAUGGGCUCUACGACGAUAUUUUGUGGUCGUAUAUUGACCUUUCUGAGUGGCGUUUUCCCUCUGGGUGAAAGAAGUGGUGUCAAUUUGCGAGGAGAGUAUGGGCCCAUGUGGGAAGGUGUCAAGGACGUUGAGAAAAAGGACGAAUAUGUGGAGGCAGGGAGGGGCCUUGAAGACAGCCAAAAAAUGGAGGUAGACGCUGGAAAGAAGGAAUCUGCAGAUUCUAAAGAUAAGGACGGUAGGUUAGAACUCUGUCAUGAUGUUCUGUGCCUCACGUCAUUCUCAGGUUUCUACACUACGUUCUGGUCCCUGCAACUGCCUUUCUCCCGACCCCCAUUGUUUGCUUUUCCCAAUACAUUCGGAGAAUUUAAGGAUGCUGUGGACAAGGUUCUACCUGUCAUCAAGGAGGCGACCACGAAGGAGCGCGCCAUGAUGGGCAAUAGAGGCACCAGUGGUACAAGCAACAACCUAAAACGCAAACGAGAACCAGAGUUGGGUGAAACGAGUAAUAAUAGCGAAUACUUCUUCGCAAAGUUCUUGACAAGUCCAGACCUUCUCAAUCUAGAGAUUGCGGAUACCCAUUUUCGUCGACAAGUUCUGUUCCAACUCCUUAUCCUCCUUCAUCAUCUAUUAUCGUUCACUAAAGUCGCAAAGGCUGUGUGGUCCACGCCCAGGAAUAGAUCUCUCCAAAUGGACUUCACGCUCGAAUCUGCAGAUGCGCAGUGGGUCCAUGACACCAUCACAAAGGUGUCUGCGGAGCUGCGGUCCACCGCUCCAAACGGUCCUACAUUUGCCGAUACUGUGAAUGUUAUUCUUGACCGGGAAAAGAACUGGGUGAAGUGGAAGAAUGACCUUUGCGCACCUUUUGAUAGGGAGCCAUGGUCGGCUGAAGUGGGUGGCAGAAAGGUAGGGAUGGAAGAAGCCACGAGGGAAGCUCGGUCGAAUAGAAAGAAGGCUCCUGAGUCGUGGAAGUGGAACCUAGGAUCUGAGUCGCUGACUGAGAUAUGGGAGAUGGGGUACAGGGAUCUGUCUGACCUGCAGAAUCCCUUCCAGCCGGGUGAUGUCAAGGAUUUCGUGAAGAAAGUCAAGCAAGAAGAUGCUCGCAUUGACAUGCGCAGAAAGCAGCUUGUGAAGAAUGCUGAACGCUUGGCUCAAGCGCGAGCCAAGGCAGCUGCUUUACAAGAGUCCAGUGCACGGCAAGAGACACCAGCUCCCGCAUCGACACCAGCAGAACCAUCCAAAGUGGAACUGCCAGCAGCUUCGUUCUCUGCUUUGCUAUCGACACCCAGUAUCUCCAGCUCGCCCUUGCAUCCAUCCCUACCCCCAAAACCUGGCUCAUCCCCAGUAAAGUCAUUCCUAGAAGCGGGCGCAUCGAGUCCUGCUCGUCCCCCAAUCACUCUCGCACCGCCGUCCUCAACGAUAGCAGCACCCACACCAACUCCUUCAGCUGCGGCCUCAGUCUCAGAAACUCCCUCCAUCUCUGUUCCACCACCCGCCUCUUCUCUUACUGAUGACCAGAUAGCUCGAUAUGAAGAGAACAGACAACGCUGGUCAUGGCUUGCAUUGCGUACAGCACGAGAUCAAUAUCUGCAGCAUUUUGGCAAGAUCGGUACGGGAGAUGUUGUUUUACUUGCCAAUGAGAUAGAGAUAGAGAAGGAACGAGAAAAGAAUCAGAAGACGCAGAAGGCCGAAGAGAUGCGUGUCCUGGUGACUGGUGGAGCUGGCUACAUUGGUUCACAUGUCAUCUACGCUCUACAGCAGACAAGAAGAUACAAAGUCAUAUCUGCCGACAACUACCACAACUCAUUCCCUGGGUCGCUCACUCGUGUAGCCCAAAUUGCGCAAGACACACUUCCCGAAAACCCGUCGGAGGCAGACAAGGAGAGCACAGAAAUUGAUGUAUUUCAGUGCGACUUGACCAACUCGGAGCAAAUAAAGGGCAUCUUUGAACGCUAUGGCAAGGGUGGAAUAUGGGGUGUUGUUCACAUUGCCGCGUACAAAGCGGUCGGCGAGUCUGUUGAGAUUCCCUUGACGUACUAUGCGAACAACGUUGCUGCUACGGUAUCGUUGCUGCAGACCAUGUCAGACUUCGACUGCACUCGCAUUGUCUAUUCAUCUUCUGCUACUGUCUACGGAACACCCCCUGUGAUCCCAAUUCCCGAAACGACGCGUCUUAAAGCAGACAGCCCUUACGGCAAGACAAAAGUCAUGUCUGAGAUGGUUAUCGAUGAUUUAUGCCACGCUGAACCGAAUAGAUGGCGUGCCAUCUCACUUCGCUACUUCAAUCCUGCAGGUGCGCAUCCCUCCGGAUUGAUAGGCGAGGACCCCCGCGGUCGCCCAGGGAACUUGUUACCUUUGCUAGCACAUAUGGCUAUUGGACGUGUAGACGCUGCCACUCUGCAAGUGUUCGGAAAUGAUUACCCCACUCCGGAUGGUACCUGCGUCCGAGACUACCUCCACGUGCUUGAUUUGGCCUCCGGACACUUACUCGCUCUUGACGCACUUGCGCCUGAAUCUGCUAUCUUUGAUAACUGCCCUGAUGAUGCGCGCUACAAGGCUUACAAUUUAGGGAAAGGAAAGGGUAUGAGUGUCCUCCAGAUUGUCGAGGCGAUGCGCAAGGCUACAGGAUUCGAUUUCAAAUAUGAGGUCAUUGGGAGACGCCGCGGCGAUGUUCCUGAUCUUACUGCGGAUCCUGCGCUGGCCGAAAGGGAGCUGGGCUUCAAGGCACCGCAGCCUCUCGAGGUUAUGUGCCGAGAUUUAUGGAACUGGCAGUCGAUGAACCCUCAAGGAUAUACCCAACAGUAA